GAGAACGCGAGGCUGGGGAGAACGUCCACGGGCAGACCGGGGGCGCAAACUUCGGCCAGCGCCUGGUCAUCCAGACGCGCGAUGUCUCACAGAUGUCGCUGGCUAGGCUGCUCAGACCAGUUAUGAGCGUAAGCGCCAGGAAGGGCAACGUGUCCUAUGUCCUCGUGGAGCCGCCGUUCAUGGAUAGCCGGAGCGACAUCGAGGCCAUCGGAAUGAACCCCUGCGUCAUCAAACUCGCUGGACCCCAGCGUUCCGUCAAG